UUGAUCCUUGUGCGAAUCAUGUCGAACCUAGGCACAUUGAUUGGCGAUCAUGAUCAACGUGUAACAGUUUCGUUGCCGCGUACCUUGCAUGAACUCAAGGGCCAUGCGCAACGACAUUUCAGCACCAAACGUGGAUCCAGCAAACCCUUUCGCAUGUUUCAUCAUGGAAAGGUGGUCAUCACUCAUCCCAAUCACAUGUCCAAUGUGAAGGAUGGAGAUGUCGUGAUCUUGACUGCCAAUGCGGACGAGCAGGGCCCGCCACCGCUGUCCACGCAUCAAGCUCACUAUGUGCCGCACCCACUGCAGGCCAAGAAGCCUCCGGCAGAUCAGGAUGGACCAAAAGAAAGUGUGCCGUUUGAUGGGAGGUCCAGCUACACAGUUGACUACAUUCCUCAUCCACUUGAGGCACGUGAUUCUGCGAAGCCACCCAAGAAUGUUUGGGAACCCGGCAGGACCGGUGUGAAGACGGGAAAGAGCACCUAUGCCUGCGAGUAUCCAUGGCACAAUGUCAAGCCACCAGACAAGACUUCGAAGCAGGCACCUCCAGGAAAAGCCGUCCCGUUUGAGGGUCUUUCCUCAUAUCAGCAGGACUACGUGAAGCAUCCAGCACGUCCAAGGUCUGCAACGGGGCGACCCAAACCACAACUCCCAGCCUCUGGGCCGUUUGAGGGAUGUACCACCUACACCACAGAUUACAAGAGGUUCCAGGUGCCACAGACGAGGCCUAUCAGAAUGGAUGGCAGCAAUCUUCAGAGUGAGCCGAAACCAUUCGAAGGUUCCUCAGAAUAUCGUCGCGAAUACCUGAAGCACCCACUGAAUGGCCCGGAGAUUCUGCACCUUGAACCAGAACUCGGCAAUCCACAUGUCCGCAGGGCGAAUUGGAAUGUUAUAUAAGAAUGACUGAAAUUCCACUGAAAUGCAAGGGCCACAAAAUUGUGUGGAAGGAAGGAACUUCUGAACACAGGUUAUAGUCUCCUUGUUUCAGAGGCUGGACUUGACAGAUCCUUUGGUUCAGCGUCAAAGUACGCACGAACUGAAGGACUGAUAAGAGAGAGC